AUGUCUGGACGCAUACUCUCCAUUGCGCGACCAAUAUCAUGGCCACCUGAAACCAUCAAGAAUGAAUUUGGAAUUGCUACUCUUUCCCUAGGCUACAGUAAGAAGCACAAGCUGGAACCACGACUGCGAGCAGCUGCGGAAGCAGGAUACAAAUGGAUUGACCUAUUUGACGAGUGCUGGGAGGCAUAUCUCGAGGAACACGGUCUGGAUGGGAGUCGACUAUGGGAAGAUACUCCUGAGAAUCUCGAAGUUGCUCAAAGGUUAGGAGACCUCGUGAAGUCGCUGGGUAUGCGGGUCGCUUGCACACAGCCACUACGGAAGAUCGAGGGUGUCAAAGAUGCCCACGAACGCACUGCAACCCUCGAGCUAGUGGCAAAGCGCUUCCCAUUCAUGCGCGCUUUCGACACAGACUUGGUGUUCAUGUGCGCCAGCAUCCGCGCGGACGCCGGUGUUACCACCGACUUGAAUGUCGUUGCACGAGACCUGGCCGAAUUGGGCGACAUGGCAGCAUCAUUCGCCCACACUGAUGGUGGUCGUAUGCUCAAAAUAGGCUACGAGGGUCUCUCAUGGGCAACACGUAACAACACAUGGUCCACAUCCUGGGAGGCAGUGCGUAUGGCCAAUCGACCAAAUGUCGGGGUCGUGAUCGAUGCUUUCAAUGUACUCGCCGUCGAGUGGGCGGACCCUUACAACUCUGCGCUUCACGGCCGCAUAUAUUCCACUCUGGAGGAAGCGAUUGAAGUCUUGUGUCUCUCCAUGGCCUCACUCGUUAAGACUUUGCCUGCUGAGAAGAUCUUUUUCUUCCAAGUCGGCGAUGCUGCAUGUGUCGACCCUCGCACUUUCCAACCACCUAAGGAUCAGGACACGCCACCGCUGUUGCCCUGGUCUCGCGUUCAUCGUCUUUUUCCUUUUGAGACUGCUCUGGGCGCUUAUAUGCCGGCGGAGCUGGUGGCCGCCGCUGUCCUCGCCACAGGUUACACGGGCCCCAUGUCGCUGGAGAUAUUCAACAGCGCUUUUGAUUCUCAUAGAGAGACAGUGCCUGAGAAAAGUGCGACUAGGGGUAUGGUCUCUUUGAAGAAGUUGAGUGAGGUAGUGAAGCAAGUGCCGCCGUUCUGGGACACUCCACAGCAAGUCGCCAUCAAGGAUCUAGUGCACAUAUACUCAUCUAAUCGCCAGUCCUAG